UGCAGCAGCAUGGGCACGUUUGACCGCGGCGUGCAGAUGCUGCUGAGCACGGUGGGCGCGUUCGCCGCGUUCAGCCUCAUGACCAUCGCCGUGGGCACAGACUACUGGCUGUACUCACGCGGCGUCUGCAAGAUCAAGACAACCAACGAGAAUGAGACCAGCAAGAAGAACGAAGAGGUCAUGACCCACUCAGGCCUGUGGAGGACGUGCUGCUUGGAGGGAACCUUCAAAGGACUGUGCAAGCAGAUCGAUCACUUCCCGGAAGACGCUGAUUACAAAGCAGACGCCUCCGAGUACUUCUUACGUGCUGUGAGAGCAUCUAGCAUCUUCCCCAUCCUCAGCGUGAUCCUGCUCUUCAUGGGAGGCCUGUGUAUAGCUGCCAGCGAGUUCUACAAGUCCCGCCACAACAUCAUCCUCAGCGCCGGGAUCCUCUUCGUCUCGGCAGGUCUUAGUAACAUCAUCGGCAUGAUCGUGUACAUAUCAGCGAACGCAGGAGACCCCACUAAGAGCGACUCGAAGAAGAACAGCUACUCGUAUGGCUGGAGCUUCUACUUCGGAGCGCUGUCCUUCAUCAUGGCCGAGAUGGUGGGAGUCCUGGCUGUGCACAUGUUCAUUGACCGGCACCGGGAGCUGAGAUCGGGCGUGAGGGCUGCUGAUUACCUACAUGGUUCAGCCAUUACACGAAUCCCCAGCUAUCGCUAUCGCUACCGGCGCCGCUCACGCUCCAAUUCUCAGUCGCGCUCUUCAUCACGCUCGACAGAGCGCUCACAAUCACGUGAAGCCUCCCCGGUCGGCCUGAAAGGCUUCGGCACCCUGCCCUCCACCGAGAUCUCCAUGUACGCACUAAAGGGGGGUCAUGGCACCCCUACGGCCACCUACAACUCGGACAGGGACUUCCUCCAGGUCCACAACUGCAUCCAGAAGGACCUGAAGGACUCGGCUCACGGAAACUCAGCCAACCGACGCACCACGCCAGUAUGA